AUGUUUGUCCGCCACACGCGUAGCAGCACGGCCGUCCCCGACCGCCAGAAGGAUCUCCCUGUGGUGGUUUUCGCCUCUCGAAAGUCCAAGACGAAUGCGACCAACAGGCUGACCCACCAAUUCUUGGCCCGGCACAUCAACUUCGCGCUCUGCGGUGUUGGUGGUCUUUUUCUGUGGAUUCAUUUCGUCUACGACCUCGUGCCACUGCGAUUCGGAGCGGACAUCAUUCCGCCACUGGACUUCAGCGACCCCCUUCAGUGGUCUAAGAAGCACAUUUUCUUCCCAUUGAGGCACGGAAGGGAACAACUGCAGGAAGAGCUUCCGUACGUGACUCACAACAACUGGAUUAAUUGGGUCAUGAACGACGUAGCGCGACCGCCCUGGCGGAUUAGCAAAAAGACCCAUGCGUUUCGCCGAUCGGGAGCCCAAGGCCUGAGUGACGAUCGCUGUCCCGACCCCGACAUCAACGCUCUCGGCGGCUGGGAGCAGGGCGAGAUGCGAAAAUCCUAUGUCGUGGGCGUUCCGUUUUGGCCGGUCUUGAUGAUGGCCGGAUUCAGUGGGGAGCCGGGAGAUUACUACAUCGGCAGAGCGCACGCUAAACUCGACAACGACACCGAGUGGAAACAGUUGCAAGACCUCUUCAAGCUGUUCAUCUUCCCGCGCCUCGAAUCUGAUUUGGCAAAGGUUGAUAAGUACAAACGCGAGAAUCUGGAUAAGCCGCACCACUCUGGCAGAAGUUUUUUGGAGGCUCUUGCAAACCCUGGGCGAGACAUCGUGGCACAGGACCUUGCCAUGUGGUGGUUCUACUGCCCCGAUCACGACCAUCUUUUCGACGGUACAAGACGGCCAUGCCAGUGCCCGCGCCACCCGUACACGGACAUGAAUCCGCUCUGCCGCCACCAUCUCUUCCAGAAAUGGGCCAUCAAAGUGGCAAUCAUGCACAAGGCUGGCAUUGAACUUCGUGAAGCCAGAGGCACCUCUGCAGCCGCUGAUGCGAUCUACAAGCUGAACUCAUCCCGAAAGUACCAGAAGCUCCUCGUAGAGAACAACCUGUGGCGGACGGAAUGUGGUCAGAAGGAUCACGAGAUUGGCGUGCUGAAGAACAGGCUCGCUGAAACCGAAGAGAGGGAGAAGAAGACGGCCGCUGAAAACAAGCAGCUCAAAGAGGAGCUGGCUGCUCUAAAGGCGCGUGCAGAGAGCAGCGCGAACGCACAGGCUGCUGAUCGAGGGUCGGGCUCGUCGGCAAAGGAGGAAGCUGGUGGGGAGGCUCCGAAGCCUGGGAAGGCACAAGCCAGCACUCCAGUGCGGGCAUUUUUCGACCUUGUCGUUAAACCCUGGCGGGACUCGGAGUCUGUCGCAAAGGCAUGGGAGCACUGGGUGAAGGUGACCUUUUUGAUGGAAGGGAAGACUCUCCGCCAGCUGUCGUCAGAAAAUAGUUUCUACCCCACUUUCUCGUACAUUGAGAAGGGUGUGAAGGACGAUACUGGCAACAAAAAAAUGAAGCGGAUGAGGAACGUGAUGCUCGCGGUCGAGAAAUACAGGGCUAACGAAAUGGAGGAGGCCACCCGAGAUGCCAUUGCGAAGAUCGAGAAGGACGUGGUGGGUCGGAGUUCGAUCAGCGCACUGGCGGAUGGGGUGAUUCUCGGAAACGAGCCACCUCCGAAGAGGGAUAAUCCCGGCAAGGAUAAGACGACGGAGAACAAGCGCCGCAAGGUCGGGUACCUCCUCUUCGCCGCCCAGAUGGUGGGUGAUGGGUGGGGAGAGAAGAUGUUUGGGAAAGAUGUUUGGAAGAAGAUCAAGAUCGAGGAGCCGAAGAAGCUGGCUAAACUGAAGAACGCCUUCGGGUCAUUCCCGUCUCGUAUCCGCGGGGUCGGUGAUGCGAUGCCGCUGUGUUUUAUUGUAGCAUGGGCGCUUAAAUGGUUCUAUAGCAUGUUUUGUGCAUGCAAAAUUGUUCGCGAACAAGCAACGGCGGCCCACGCGGGACACCAUGCGGACAGUGCAGCCGAUACCGGUGCGGGCCCAACGGAACCCCCACCCGCGAGUACGACACCUGCUGUCGAUACCGCGGCUGUUGAUACCGAGGUUGCGGGAGAUUCUUCCGCGGGAGCAACCAUUGAGGUCGGUGCCGCAGACAAAGGCAAAGAGCUUUCCGAGGGAACCGUGGGGAAGGCCCUCGCUGCAGACUUCGCGGACAAGGCCAGUGCACCCCGCGUACAGGAAUUGAGAACGGAGGCGGCCGGGCGACCUUCUGGCAGUGAUGAUGUCGGAAAGGGGCCGCGCAAGAGCGGCAACCGAUCCUUCGAGGAGCUGUCUGCAUUGCCUCAACUCACGCUUGUGCACGAGGCCCGCCUCAAGGAAUCUGAUAAGCGCGGGCGCUCUGAUGUUGCUGACGCGGUCCAGGAGAUUCGUGUGGAGAGGGCGAAUGCCACGUCGCAAAGGGAGACGGCCGAGCGCACACUUGCACGUGUUGAGGGGACUGUGGUAGAUUUGAAAACCCUUGUCACUUCCGCGAUCAACGAUAUCGCUGAGCGGACGCGCACGGAGGUUUGGCGCAAGCUUGUCGGCCUCGAAGACUCGGUGGCGCGAGCGGCGGAGCGUGGUGCGGGCGCGGGGGCUAUGAUCCUGAGAGCAGUGAUGGCGAACAUCGGGGGUAACGCUGGAUCGUGGGGCGACCCCGUGCAUUCCGCGGAUCGGGAUCCCAAACUCGGAGCUGGUGUAGCGGGUGACGCGAGUCUGCCGCUGACGCUUGUGGGUGGUGUUGAGCCAGUGCGUCAUGACAAGCGCUCGGUUCCGCCUGUUGCCGAAGGCGAGGCUUCCAACCGCGCGAAGAAAGCGAAGAGUGCUGCUGGUUUAUCUCCUGCUGGCCCGAAAGAUGCCGCGCCUGCAGUGGCUGCUGUUGCUUCUGGCAGGCCGGGGAUCGCAGCGGAAGGCACGACUGAGGGCGCGGAAGAAUCUGUUGGCGACGAGGAGGCGGAGGCGAGGGAGGCACGGAGGAAAUAUCAUGCGGCGCGGGCAGCGGCGAAAGGUGCUGGUCGUGGGGAUGAGGGUGGGGGCUCUAAGAGUGCCGAGAUUAAGCAGACGCCGAUGGUCGGUGUCCGUUUUUUUCCAGGCCAGAAAAACCCCUUCGCGGUGGAGCUUCAUCAUGGUGGCGAGCGCUUCUAUCUCGGCACGUUUUCGCGUGCUGGGCCCGCGCGCUAUCUGUCAGCGGUGGCUCAGACCGUGUGGCACGACCGCAUGCAGAGGUCUGAGUUGGUGCUCACGGAACCGGAGGAGGUGGAAUGGAGCCUCGAUCUCGAUCUCGCCCGAAAGAUGACUGCGGGGCUUUACGCGGUGAUCUAUAUCCGGAAACUGGCCGCGAAUCACAAGAGGAUGUUGAACAUUUUCAAGAGAACUCGCGGAUUCUUGGACUCGAAAGGGAAGCCUACGGUCGAGUCCGCGAUUUGUGCUGCUAUUGGCCUCGAAGCAGCGGAUGACGAAACGGCGGUGAAAGGGAAAGAUCAGAAGUCGCUUUACGCGGGCGCGUUGGCGUUCGGUUGUGCAGCCAUGUGGAGCUUCACCUCGGCAUACACUCGCUAG